AUGGUCGUCCCCGGCGAGCACCCCAGAGCGCAGCCCCUUGGCACGGCACCCAGCACAGGAUCGCAUGUCCACUUCGUGAAUGGGAUCGGCGGCGUCGGCCGCGGCAGACAUUUUGAAAAGCAGUCCUUCACGAACGUCGUGCUCGCCAGCUCCAUCCUACGGUGCUGGCACACCGUCUUCUUCUUCACGAUUUGGGCGACGGUGAUAUGUUUCAUCAAUCGUGCACACACAGUAGCGAUUCAAUCUACGCUGCUGACCGUACUCGGUACGAUAUUAGGCUUCGUCGUGUCGUUAAGGACUACAUCUAGUUUCGAGAGAUACAACGAAGGUAGACGAUUGUGGGGUGAGAUCGUAUUGGGCACGCGUACCUUUGCCAGGGUAAUUUGGUUCCAUGUUCCAGACACCACCGAUGGCGCUGACAAAUCUCCCGAAGAGACGAACGCCCGCUCCUUGAUCGAGAAAAAGACAGUCCUCAACCUACUCGAAGGCUUCGCUGUCGCCGUCAAGCAUUACCUCCGCGGCGAGGUCGGAAUUCACUACGUCGACCUCUACCACCUCGUCAAACACCUCCCCUCGUAUGCUCUCCCAGCAGGCGUCCCCUCCGCCACUAACGAAGACAUCCUCUCUCCGCUCCCUGAAAAAAUUUCGGAGUCUAACGGCGGACCCAACCAACACGGUACUAGCGGGCCCCGCUCCCGCGCAUCAUCCACGUCCUCGCUCCCCAUGCCCGCCACCACUCCCCGCGCUUCUCACCCCGGCGGAAAAGCACGUAAACCCAGCGUUUCCGCUCCGCAGAUGCCCCAGCGGAGAGCCACGAGCCGGUUCUCGACGUCGUCGUUUGGACCUGGGGAAGAAGGGAUCCUGCUGCCCGCCCGGAUGCCGCCGAAGUACGGCCUUUCCGACGUCUUCCCGUUUUCGCGUCUGGGAAAGGACGUGGGCGGCAAGAAGGCGGCGCGCUUGCGUGCGAAGUGGAGGGACCGCGCGGGGUCGCACAACAUUCCCCUAGAAAUUUCAUUUUAUUUGAGUUCUUACAUUGCUGCUUUGCAACAGCGGAAAUGUUUGGACGCUCCGGUCACCACGACGCUGCAAGCAUCUGUCACACAGCUCGUAUCCGCACUCACCGGCCUUGAGCGCAUACUCACCACGCCGAUCCCCUUCUCGUACUCUGUCCAUCUUUGGGUCGUCAACUUCAUAUACUGUCUGGUCCUGCCCUUUCAGAUCGUGGGGUCGCUGGGAUGGGUUACUAUCCCUGGUGCUGCAAUUGUGUCCUUCUUCUUCUUUGGAUUCAUCCUCGCAGGCGAAGAAAUCGAGGGUAUGCCCGGCGACCGAGACCUAAUGUUGGCACGCGGUUUGAUGCUCUCGGCCCCAGAUCCAUUCGGGUACCACAAGAACGACCUCAACAUGGACCACUUCACGCGUAAUAUCAUCCGCAACGAGUUGCGGGCGAUCACCGCAACGCCAGCCCCUCAAGUCUCUUCCUGGGCCUUCGCCCCGGCCAACGACCGCGUGUUCGAGGCCGAGGACCGCGUCACGCCGGAGGAAUGGGUUCGCAGGGGCACGGCCCGGAUGCAGCUUGCUCUAUCUCUUUAG